UUAGGUUUUUCUAGCUUUCUCUGUGAUUCAAAUCAACCCUAGGCCUUCUGGUUUUCUUGAAAGUUUCUAAAUUAUUUUAGAUAUAUCAUUCUUGUGUUUUCUAUUUCUGUCUUCAGGAAAUGUCAUCCCAAACACUAGAAAGCAUGUUGGCUUACACAAAUAAGCCAGCAGAGCAAGAAAAGAAACCAAGGCUAGCUGCAGAACAAGCACAAAAAUGUCCAAGAUGUGACUCAACCAACACCAAAUUCUGCUACUAUAACAACUACAGUCUCACUCAACCUAGAUACUUUUGCAAAUCCUGCAGAAGGUACUGGACUAAAGGUGGUACACUAAGAAAUGUUCCAGUUGGUGGUGGCUGUAGAAAAAACAAACGAACAUCCUCAAAAAGAAGCCAAGAUCUUGAGUCCAUGACUAGCAGCCCUAAUUAUCCACUGUCUUCUUUUACACCAUUGUCAUGUUAUGAUUCAAGUGAUUUAAGUCUAGCAUUUGCUAAGCUCCAAAAACAUGCAAGUGGGCAUUUGGAAAUUGAAGAAAAUAAUAUGUUAAUGAUGUGUAACAAAGUUCAUUAUGAUGAUUUUCUUGGUGCACAAAGGGGUGGUUUUCUUGAAUUAACCCCAAAUGUUUUCCACCAUAAUAUGUGUUAUGGGAUUGAUAAUGAUGGAAAAUUGGGGCAUGUUGAAAAUGGAGAAAUAAUGGGGUUAAAUAUUAGUGCAGAAAUGGGAAUGCACUAUGAUCAAGAAAUGAGUUCUACGUUGGCCACAGGGAAGCAAGAGAUGUGCAAUAUAGCAAGAGAAGGUGAGAAUAAUAGAAAAUUGUGGGGAUUUCCAUGGCAGAUUAAUGGAGAAGUGAGUAAUAUGGGUGAUUUUGAAGCUUCAAACAGGCAAAGCUGGAAUGGAUUUGAUUCUUCUUUUCAUGGACUUAACCAUAGCAGUCUCAUAGCAUGAAAACCGUUUUUUAUUUUAUUUUUUUAAUUUUACAUGCCUUAAUUAAUGUAUGUAGUAUUGAUAUUUCACCUUUAAUUAUUUUUUGGCUAGUUCAUAGGCUGCCUUGUUAAACCUUGCCAUUGUAAAACCAGCUUCCA